UUUACUAGUUUUUGUUUUUCAGGUAAUAGCUUCCUUCACGCACCAAACCAUACCACACCACACCACACCACACCACAAACCCUAGACACAAAAUUCUCAAUAAUUCUCUACUCAUCCAUCUUCCUUACAUUAAUCGGAAUUAGGGUUUUACUCCUCAUCCAAUUCUUCCAAUCUCAUCUCGUAGCUAUGGAUGCUCAGAGAGCUCUCCUCGACGAACUCAUGGGUUCAGCUCGGAACUUGACGGAGGAAGAGAGAAGGGGUUACAAGGAAGUGAGUUGGGAUGAUAAAGAAGUUUGUGGAUUCUAUAUGGUGCGGUUUUGUCCUCACGAUCUCUUCGUCAAUACGCGUAGUGAUCUCGGACCAUGUCCAAAAAUACAUGACCCGAAGUUAAAAGAAAGUUUUGAGAAAUCUCCAAGACAUGAUGCGUACGUACCCAAAUUUGAAGCUGAACUUGCUCAAUUUUGUGAGAAAUUGGUGAUGGACUUGGAUAGAAGAGUAAAACGUGGACGAGAACGUCUUAAUCAAGAGGUAGAGCUACCGCCGCCGCCACCACUGACAGCUGAAAAAUCUGAACAGCUGUCUGUGCUGGAGGAGAAAAUAAAGAACCUUCUGGAACAAGUUGAAUCUCUUGGUGAAGCUGGGAAGGUUGAUGAAGCUGAGGCUCUUAUGAGAAAGGUGGAGACACUUAAUACAGAGAAGGCAGCCUUAACACAACCUCAAAAUGAUAAAGUAUUAAUGCUUCAGGAGAAGAAGAUGGCACUCUGCGAGGUAUGUGGAUCUUUUCUGGUGGCAAAUGAUGCUGCAGAAAGAACUCAGUCUCAUGUCGCAGGAAAGCAGCAUGUUGGCUAUGGCAUGGUUCGUGACUUCAUAAAUGAAUACAAGGCUGCUAAGGAGAAGGCUAUUGAAGAAGAAAGAUUGGCUCGGGAUAGAGACACAGAAGAGGGAAGAAAACAGAGGGAGAAGGAUGAUGGGCGAAAGAGACGCAGUGAUUCAAGUGAUAGGGAGAAAUAUCGUGAUAAAGAUCGUGAUAGGGAACGUGAUAGGUACAGAGGUAGAGACUCUGAUCGUGAAAGAUCUCGGGAGUAUGAAGUUAGAGGUAAUCGAGAUCGAGUAAGGGGGAUGGAUUCUAGGUUGAGGAAUGGAAAAAAUGGAGGCAGAGACAGGUACCGCAAUCGGAGCAGAUCAUAUUCCCCUGUUAGGCAUAACCACAGAAGGUCUUAAAGUCCAGUUUGCUCCAAAUAGUGAAAUUUCUUUAUAGAUAUCAGAAUUUAAAUUUAAAAGAGGUAGACCUUAAUAUCCCAAGACUUACAUAAAUAUGUGCUUUUAGAGUCUUGAGUUUUCUCAUUAUCUAGGGUGAAUUUACCCUUUUCUCAUCUCAGAGCUUUGUUGAGACUAUACAAUCUCCCUUUCAUCAAUAUUAUUAACGGAGAAAAGGGUUGAGGUAGGUAUUUCCCUGUUGUAACUUUUCUCAAAUUGUUUUGCGUCUUGAUUUGAAGUUAUUUAUUAUUAUAAUUCAUCUCAAAAUUGUGUAGUCUUUCUUUACCUGCAUUUUCUGGAUAUCGUUUGAUUGAGUAAAGAUGUCAGACACAAAAUUACAUGAGUGAUUGUCAUUGCUGCAAAAGGGGAUGGUUUACUCUUUUUUUGAGGUAACAUGUGAAACUUAUUACCCUGAGACAAAUAGAUUGAUAUUUGUUUGCCCUUUUCUUGUCUGUUUCAUUACUUUUGUUUCUUAAGUUGAUAUAUAAACCAGCACAGGUUUAUAAAUGCUGCUUAUUCUGACAUGCAUUUGACAUUGAACUACACUGAAGGCACCAGUUUAGAAGAUAUAGGUAAACUUACUGAAUUUGUUGUUAGAAAUUUCCCAAAUCCAUUCGUAUUUAUAAUAUAAUGGGUUGAUAUUUUAGAUAUGGGUUUCCGUUGGGGGAAAUAUGAGUGCAUGUUGUCCACCCCUGACUAACAAGAACACAAAUGUCAUUGUGAUAUUUAAUGGCUAGAUAGCGCUUCUGGACAUGCCAUUUGCAGGAAGAUAACCGCCUCUUGAUGGGAGAAACGACACAAUGAAAACUUGGUGUGUUUGGAUAACCUUAAAAUUACGGUGAAAAAUCAUGGUGAGUCAAAAGCUACACAUUGUAGCUGUAGCUUUUAAAAUUCACUGAGAUACACUCCAAACUCAAUGUGAGAUACACAUUGUAGCUGUAGCUUUUAAAAAUCACCGAGAUACACUCCACCACUAAACAAUGUUACAUUAGUCAACUGGCAGUCAAACUUUUGGUAAAUCUUAGUAGUGGUCAUAUGUUCUCGGAAAUUCAGUCAUAAUGAUUGUAAAUGCAGCAGUGGUCAUAUGUUCUCGAAAAUAAAAAUGAGCGGAUUUGAAAUGGUAA